AUGUCUCAAGCGACAAAAAAAAAACACAUUCGCAGAGAAAUUCUCAACGAAAGUUUUAAACUUCCAGAACCCAAUGAAUAUAUAGUUAAAGUACUGAGUAGCAGAGGAAAUAACUUACAUGAAGUACAAAUGCCAGAUUCCUCAACGUUUCUGGUAUCCAUGCCGAAUAAAUUUAGAAAAAACGUUUGGAUUAAAAAAGGUGAUUUCAUUCUUGUACAGCCCAUUGACGAAGGAGAAAAAGUAAAAGCAGAAAUGGUUAAAGUAUUACUACCAGAUUAUGUAAAGUUUUUAAAAAAAGAAAAAGUUUGGCCGAUUGAAUUUAGCAAAAACGAAAAGAAAUCUGACAGUGAAAUGGAAGAUGAUUUUAUAGGGAAUAAAUCGAAGAAAAGUAUUUCGGAAGAAUCUGAUAGUUCGUCAUCUGAUGGUUAA